ACCAAGCAAGUGCACACGGACCAUCCCUCACUCUCCCUCCCCUCACCACCCCAGCAGCUACCUCUCAGCUCCCCGCUGUGCCCUCCUGUCAGUCCUACCACCUCCAGGCUCCAGCCAGCCAGCUACAAUUCCCAGCUCCUCGCCCUCCAACCCCGCUCCACCACCUCCCACAUGAUGCCAUCCCCGCAGAUAUACCCGCAGCAAUUCAGCUGUCCUCUCACGCCAACCUGACACACCCUCCCAUCCUUCCCGUUAGUUAGUUGCCGCUCGCCACCGCACCGCACCGCAAGGGCACUCGCCCGCCCUGCCCGCCCUCCUCACCUUGCUUCCGCAGAAAGAUCCAUUUGGUUGGACUGGCGGUGGUUCCCCUGCAGACUGCCUGCAGCGGUAAAGCCGCGCCCUUUUGUGUGUGCGCUUGCCUUGCCGCCGCGGCAUCCGUCCCGCCCCGCCCCGUGGAUAACUAGUGAUAGAUCUGGGAGGCGCAGAUCUGACUGACCGGCCGGUGUUCGUCCUCCUUCCCGUCGGUGAGUGUUUGUUGGCUAAGAAUUUGUUGGGGCCAUGGGGAAGAAGGGCAAGUGGCUGGGCGCCGUCAAGAAGGUGUUCAGCCCUGAGUCCAAGGAGAAGAAGGAGGAGAAACUGAGGAAGAAGUUGGCUGCAAGAGACCCCAGUCCACCAGAUCUAACACCUUCCACUUCCUUGGAAGUCAAUGUUUCGAUGCCGCCGCCGCCGCCGCCUCCCGCCGUUCCAUCCCCGCACCAAACUGAGGAGGUUCAGGUCCGUGAUGUUGAGCUGGAGCAGGAGCAGGAGCAGAGCAAGCAUGUGACCGUGGAGGCAGCCCCUGAUGCUCCUGCACAGACAUCGUCGGCAUUGCCACCUGGUGUAUCGAGGGAAGAGCUAGCAGCAAUCAAGAUCCAGACCGCCUUCAGGGGAUACCUUGUCAAUGUAAUAAUGCAGGCAAGGAGGGCACUACGAGCCUUGAGGGGCCUUGUUAGAUUGAAGUCAUUGGUCGAGGGUAAUUCGGUUAAGCGUCAAGCUGCAAGUACUCUGCGCUGUAUGCAGACUCUCGCACGGGUGCAGUCACAGAUACGUUCAAGAAGGCUGAAGAUGUCUGAGGAGAACCAAGCCCUCCAGCGCCAGCUCCUGCUGAAACAAGAAUUGGACAGUUUGAGGAUGGGGGAGCACUGGGACGACACCACUCAAUCCAAGGAGAAGAUCGAAGCAAGUCUAAUAAGCAGGCAAGAGGCUGCAAUAAGAAGAGAGAGAGCGCUCGCAUACGCGUUUUCCCAUCAGUGGAAGAGCAGUUCAAGGUCCUCCAACCCAAUGUUUGUAGACCCAAACAACCCACACUGGGGCUGGAGCUGGCUGGAGCGCUGGAUGGCAGCAAAGCCUUCUGAGGCCGGCCGCACUGGAACCGGCAAGGAAAGCAACAUUGACCAGGGAUCAGUGAAGAGCACGAGUUUGAACCUUGGAGAGGGCGAGAUCACUAAAGCCUUCAACCGUAGGGGCUCCAAGCCAGACAAGUCGUCACCGACGACUCCAAAGCUGACCCGCCCAGCCUCCCGGCUGUCCCCUUCCACACCCACUGCCAAAGUGACACCAAUAGUUGUGAAGAAGAAACCUGCUACACCGAAGAACGGGAUUUCACAGGUGGAUGACGAUGCAAGGAGCGUGCUCAGUGUGCAGUCCGAGCGACCAAGGCGGCACAGCAUAGCCACCUCAACAGUGCGGGAUGACGAGAGCCUCGCAAGCUCUCCAUCAGUCCCAAGCUACAUGGCUGCCACAAAAUCUGCUAGGGCCAAGUCCCGCCUCCAGGGGUCGCCACUGAUCGAUAGUGCAGAGACGACACCAGAGAAAGGAGGCUCUAUUAGCGUUGGGUCAGCCAAGAAGAGGCUGUCCUUCCCAGCUGGAGGGGUGCCCCCCUCGCCAAUGAGGCGGCAUUCUGGCCCUCCGAAGGUGGAGAGUGUGGUGAAGGACAUCGCUGUGACACCGCAGCCAGAGGCCCUGGCGAUCAGCGGUUGAGACAAACAAGCAACUCAUACAAGUGGAGACGGGACUAUGGAUUAUGCAGAUACACAUAUUUCACCCAUGAAAAAAAGGUCAAAGUUCUUCGAAUUGUUGCAUUGUUUUCAUCCAAUUAUUAUUGUGACUACAUUGUCGGCUUCAUUAGGGAAGACUCUCGGUGUCGUCUGUUGGUCCAUUCCAUUUGUUGCUUGUGUAAAACCAUAUGGGGUUUGCUGUUUGUAUGUACACAGGUCUUCUAUUUAUGCGAGCAAUAUAUUUCUUCCAUGCCUUUA